AGUACCAUGAUGGGUAACGAUAGCGCACAAGACUUCCACACCUCUUCACCACCAACGUAGAGUUGUUCAACUAUUUCAGAAUUUUCUUUCCAAUGACGUUAUGCUUCCCGCAGCUGCAGUUUUUCAUUUCCCCUGGGAAGUAAGCUCUGGAGCAGUGCGGGAGGGAGAAUCAGUGAGGGUAUUCGGCAGACUUGUCUGCUAUCAGCCUGAGGAGUCCAGGGCUACGCUGUCAGCUAAGCAUGCUUCAAAAGAGCACCACGUGGUGGUUCACACCUUGUUUGUGGAGCCUUUUAACCCAAUAAUUGGGGCCCAGUACAUAGUUCUGGGGGAGAUUGAAAAUGCUGAGGGCCUCUAUCGCCUGCCCUUAUCUGCAUCUUCUCGUCUCGCAGGGGUUGGUGCGAUGGUCCGGGCCCGUGUGCUGAACUGCGUUGACGGAGUCAACGUUGCCCUUCUACAGAAAGCCAUCAACGAGCAAAGGAGCUUCUUCAGGGAGAGGGAGCACACAUGUGACGAUGCACAGGCAACCUGAUCAGGAGGCUCGAUGAGUAUCAGGACUGCAGCUCUGCCUGUGAGGCUGUUUGCCAUGGUGCGCUGGAGUGAUGUUGUGCAAGAUUAAAGACUGUUUGGUUGACUGUAAAAGACAGUUGACUAUCUUGUCUACGGGUAUUUGAAAAUUAUAGCCACAAAUAAAUGAUUUGUAGUUUUUCUGUGCUGCCAUUUUACAUGGUGAGAAUUACCAGUCUUAACAUUGUCAUUGUAAGUUUGCGGUCCCAUAUCAUUCAAAAAUGCUUAAACGGUUACAAUAGAUAUGUUAUGUAUGGGUCACAUGAUAUUGAUUAAAACCAAACUAUGGAUAUAUGAAAUGCAAGACUUUUCAGUACUUUGUACCUUGUAGAGAUAUCCAUCAUGUCAUCUGUUACAUGCUUCUAUCUGUUUAGCUAGUUUGUUUAGCUGGCAUCAUUUUUAUCAUAGAAAUAGUUUAUGAAUCCAUGUUAAAAUGUAAUCUUCAAAGCAUCGGCCUCUAUCUAUUACACGUUACGACCAUAAAAGAAAUUAAGCACUUUAAUGCAUGUCUGGUCCAUAUUUUGUGUUUAUAUAUUCUGUGAACACAUGUUUGAAUUCAAUAUGAACAGUAACAUCACGGUCUAAUUAGUGAGCUAUACAGGUCCUGGGCUGCAUUCUACAGCAACGGAUCCCAACCUUUUGACUUGUGAGACUGUCAUAAUGUGGACUAGAGCUUACAUCAUCCGUCUAUUAAUCGACUGGUCCACCAACCAGGAACAAUUUUGAUUGUUUAAUUAUUUUCUUUUUCUUUCAAAAAUUAUUUCUAGGUUCCAUGGGUUAUAUUUGAAACCAGCAUGGUCAUGUACACCGGGCAGAGUGGGUGCCCAUUAUUUGUCAUUUGAUGUCAGGAAGGAUAUCGGUGUGUUGAGGAACAUACCCUUUUACUCCUGACACACUUGGAAUGCCUGACAGGUGCAUAAAAAGUGAUGAUGCUGUUCACUGGGUUCUUAAAAUGUGAUUGAAUCUGAUAUGUUCUUGAAAGUAAAUAUUGAGAAGCUUGUAGUGGCCCGUUUGUCUUAUUGGAAAAGACUAUACAGCUGUGAAAGUGAGGGAAUCCAUGCUCUUUAACCAUUAUAAUUUAAAUUUAUUGAUAUGUGGUAGUUCAUUAAGUAUCAAACAAGAUUGAGUUUAAAGUCAACAGUGUCAACGAUAGCCUAUGAGUAAUACAGAAUAAAAUCAAUAAUUGUAAAUAGCAUUGCACCUUGUCCCAGUGUCCCUAAUAAAACAAUAAUAUCAAAGAAACUGCAUUUAUAUUCUGUUUUUAAAUUGCAUGAAAAAAAACAUCUGCCCACAUCAGACAUGUUUGGUAAACAAAGGCAACACAGCGGCAAUUAAUUGGCUAGACAGAAAGCUUUGCAGAAGACUUUUCCUGAGUCAAAUUGUACAUUGUAAUUAAUGUAUGGAUUUACCAUGAUCUAAGUUUUUACCACAUUACUCCGCA